UGCGCAGUAUGCCUGGGCAGGCACCAGCACCGCACCAUUGAAUGUGCCACAUCUCACACCUGGAACGGGCAACAUGAAACGUUCGCCAAGCGCAUCCAGAAAGGCCUCUGGACAAAAGACGGAAAACAAAUCUGCACCCCCAAGCAUGAUGCACGCCACGUUUGUUCCGGCUGUGGUGCCACCACACACGGGGCCCUGAAAUGCCCUAGAGCACAGAAGGAA